AUGUACAUCAACCUGGAAACAACACGACUUAAAUAUUUUAGACUAGAGCAAUCAAAUCUUAGAAGGAAAAUUUUGCAGGGUAUAUUUGACAAUAUUCUAGCGGGAGAAAUUAGAGGAGCUAAAGUAGGCCAGAGAGUAAUACUUCUAGCAUCAUUCGUCGGAGGUCCUAGGGACAUGCGUCGUAGAUAUAUGGAUACAAUGUCUUUGGUUCAACAUUUUGGAAAGUCAGAUUUAUUUAUCACAAUGACAUGUAAUUCCGAUUGGGUGGAGAUAAAAGAAAAUUUGUUAGAAGGACAACUUCCUCAAGACAGACCUGACUUGGUGACUAGAGUCUUUAGAGCAAAGCUACAAGAUUUAGAAGAUCAGAUAUUCAAGGAAAAGAUAUUUGGUCCUGUUGCAGCACAUGUUUUUGUGGUUGAAUUUAAAAAAAGAGGACUACCACACAUACACCUUUUAUUGAUAUUUGAACAAGGAUACAAGAUAACAUCGGCAGAUGAUUAUGACAAGUUUAUUGUUGCUGAACUUCCUGAUAAAGAAGAAUUUCCAAUCUUGCAUGAUUUGGUUGUCAAGCAUAUGAUGCAUGGUCCUUGUGGAAAGAAUCGUCUAGCAAAUUUAUGUAUGAAAGAUGGACAAUGCAAGAAUCACUAUCCUCGGCCAUUUAGUAAUAAAUCACUACAAGGAAAGGAUGAAUAUCCUAUUUAUAAGAGCCGAAAUGAUGGAAAAGGGGAAAAGGGUCUGAGACAUGACAAUGAACAAUUAGUGGGUCAUUCCAUAUAA